AUGGGAGGGAAGAGGCCGUGGACGCAGGAGAGGGAGGUGAAUGCCAUCGCCUGUCGGGAGGAAGGGCGCCGCCGCAGAUGUAAGGCCCAUGCCGUCAGAUCAACGGUAGUCGGCUCUGGACUUGAGGAAAGCCGAGGAAGUCGUUGCCAGGGAAGGAAACGGCGCCGCCGGAUUCGGAUGAAGCUGGCCCGUCGCCUGCCGCUGCUACCAUCGAUGAGGGGAGCGGCGACUCGGUCAGAUCCGACUUGGAGGGGCCCGCCUCCCGCCGACGCUGCCACCCGUGGGGGAGAGAACGCCGUCGCCGCUCACGGGAAACAACAGCAGGCACACAGGCUUUUUUUCAGAAUACGCGUGGAGCUUCAUCUCAGCCGGGACAACAUCUACCGCGAACCCCUUGCCGUGCAGCCGCUAGUAGUCGGCAUCGGGAUGAUCCUGUACCUCUCGUCAUGGUGGCGCACCAGCUCGCCGCGCGCGCGGCCAGAUUGGGUUGAGCCGGCGAUGGGAGCGGUCGAAGGCUGCGGAGGCGUCGGAGGCCGCUGA